GAUGAAGGUCUUGCCAGAAAAAUCCAUUCCUCGUUCAAGAUCAAUAUCAAGCAUGACGAUGGCACUGUGAAAACGUGGAUAGUUGACACCAAGAAACUUCCAGCUUACGUGGGUCACAAUGAGCAGCCGUGUGAGGUCGAGGUCACCAUAAAGGAAAAAGAUUUCAUAAAAAUUGUCGAAGGAAAAUUGAGACCGGAACAGGCGUACUACCUUGGAAAAAUGAAACUUAAAGGAGUGGGUGGAAAAGCCCUAAGGCUCAAGUCGUUGUUCAAGCCGUACCAAAAAGCAAAACUAUAA